AUGCCAUUACCUAAUAGGUGGCACAACCACCAAGAUCCUGGUGCCGAAGCGUUUAAUCAUUUUCAUCUAAGAAAUUUGACCAGUUUCAACGGUUGCAUGAAAGAGCUUUGGGUAAACCACAAACUGGUAGACUUUAUGAACGCAGCGCGUCAACAAAAAGUGACGCCCGGCUGUUCGCUGCUCCAGGACGAAGAACAGAUGGUUGAAGAAGAGGGAGUGAAGUCGACAGGUAUUGCCGAACAAGAGCAAAGCUCGACCAUAAUUGACGAGGAGCAGAUGGAACCACAAGAAGGUCCGAUUGAAGAAGACGAGGACGACGAGGACGACGAAGAUGAGGACGAAGACGAAGACCCAUGCUACAACAACCAGUGCCAUAAGGGCAGCAAGUGCGAGCCCAAAGGGAUGAAAGAAUACACUUGCAAGUGCCAACCCGGUUGGUCGGGCAAGUACUGUACGCAAGGUCCCACGUGCAAAAAGGUACAGGUGCGAGAGUACUACACUGAGAACAACUGCCGGUCGAGGAAACCGCUGAAGAUGGCCAAGUGCGAGGGCGGCUGCGGGACGAGCUGCUGCCGGGCGCGGAAGACCAAGAAGCGGAAGGUCCGGUUGAUAUGCAACGAUGGUACGCGGUACACCAAAGACAUCGAGAUCAUACGCAAGUGCGCGUGCGCCAAAAAAUGCUAUUGACUAC